ACCGUGUCUAUGGCUUGCAAUGCAGAAGAACUGGGGUCCACCGUGGUCGCCAUUGAUAAAGACAAGAACAGCCAAAUUGCUGUCAAGUGGGCUGUUGAGCACCUUCUGAUGGGAGACUCCCCCUGCAUCUUCAUUCACGUCAGAACCAAGGCUUUGAGUUCCAAUGAGUUUGAUUACAUCCCUAAGCAAGGUCGUUCACCAACCGAAGAAGAAUUGCACCAGCUUUUUCUCCCCUUCCGAGGGUUUUGUGCUCGAAAAGGGAUUACAGCAAAGGAGUUGGUCCUGCAUGACAUUGAUGUUUCGAGUGCGCUUACAGAUUACGUCAUCGACAACUCUAUCAGCAAUAUUGUUGUUGGUGCUUCCCGCUGGAAUUAUCUUAUAAGGAAAUUUAAAGAUGUAGACGUGGCAACAAGCUUAGUGAGAUCUUUGCCAGAGUCAUGCAUGGUGCAUAUUAUAUCAAAAGGAAAGGUGCAGAGUAUUCAUCCAGCAGGUCAUCCUCAAAAUGUUGCUACACACACAAAAUCAUGCAAAGAUAUAUCUACUCAAAAAAAUCUCUUCAAAGGAUCAAGCAGAAAAUCAUACAAAUAUGGUAGUCGGAUAGGCUCAAGCAGUGAUGGAGAGAAAGCUGAACCAAGACUAUCACGUGCAAGUUCCUGCUCACCAAGUUCAUCAAAUCAUAGUUCCUUAGCCAGUAUUGAUAAUUCAAGGCAGCUUGGAUCUCUGUUGAAUGAAACUUCACAUGAAAACCAAUGUCUACUCAAGAAGUCAAGCAGUUGUAGCAACCAAUCUUCUAAUAAGUCGUCGAAAAACAUGGAGGUAGCUGUGAAGAAAUUAAAGCUGGAAUCGAAGAAAUCAACAAAGGAGUGUAUAAAGGCCAGCAGGGAAGCUAUUGCAGAUAAACAGAAGGCAAUGGAACUUGAAAAGCAUAGGCAAGAAGAACAGAACAUGGAAAAAGCUAAACUUGUUGAAGAGGCUGCAUUGGCUCUGGCAGAGGUAGAGAGCCAGAUAAUCCAUGCAGCUAUGGAGUCAGAGAGAAAGCAGGCUGAAAUCAGUGCUACGCAUGAUGAAGAAGAGAUAAAGAGAGCAUCAAAUGCAAGCGCAGAAAACAAUAUUGAAUUUAGAAUAUACGACAUUAAAGAAAUUGAAGUUGCAACCAAUUUCUUUGACACUGCUCUCAUACUAGGUGAAGGUGGAUAUGGACCUGUCUUCAAAGGGGUGCUUGAUCAUACUAUUUUUGCUGUUAAGGUCUUGAGACCAGACAUAACCCAAGGGGAGAGGCAAUUUAACCAAGAGGUUCAAGUUUUGAGAACCAUAAAACAUCCAAAUAUAAUUCAACUUCUUGGUGCCUGCCCUGAGUACGGAUGCCUUGUAUACGAGCUCGUGCCUAACGGAAGCUUAGAAGACCGCCUCUUCCUGAAGGACAACAGCCCACCACUUCCAUUGAAGAUUCGGUUCAAAAUAGCAUCAGACAUUGCCACAGGCCUUCUCUUCCUCCACAAGUUAAAGCCAGAGCCAAUUGUGCACCGUGACCUCAAGCCAGCAAACAUCUUGUUGGACAGGAACUUUGAUAGCAAGAUUGCUGAUGUGGGUUUGGCCAGGCUUGUUCCUCCUUCUGUGGCCAACAAAAGUACUCAAUACCACAAGACAACAGCAGCUGGCACAUUUUGCUAUAUUGAUCCUGAGUAUCAGCAAACAGGACUAUUGGGUGUGAAGUCAGACAUAUAUUCAUUAGGUGUGCUGCUUCUGCAGAUUAUUACGGGAAGGCCUCCAAUGGGUGUGACUCACCUUGUUGAGGAGGCUGUUGAAAAAGGUAACUUGGAAGAAGUGCUUGAUCCAAAUGUGACAGGUUGGCCUAUUGAGGAGAUUUAUUCUUAUGCUAGCUUGGCUUUGAAGUGUUGUGAGAUGAGGAAAAGGGAUAGACCUGACCUUGGUUCUGUCAUUUUGCCUGAGCUGAAUCGAAUCCGAGAUGUAGUACUGGGAUGAGACUCACACCCAUUCAUACUGCAUCAUCAUGCAGUGGACUUACUGAAUUUAUAACAUGUUUGGAUCAACUUCUUUUCCCCUCCCCAGAAUUAAUUCUGACAGCAACCACUUACAGAAGUCUCUCAUCAGAAUCAAUUUUGGCUUCAGAAUAAAUCAUUGAAGGAUUUCCAAACACACACUUAAUGAAACCUGCGUGUGCAAUGUAUGGAAGUGUUGACCUAGACCUCUAGUUUAAUACUUUAAUGUGGUAUGGUAUAACAGGAAGGCUUGGUGUAAUUGUUUCCCCCAAAACAAAACAAAAAUAAAUUGUACAGUGCAAAUUCUUUCCACAAAUUUACAUUUCUAGUGCAGCUGGUUAAGUAGUUUUUU